GCCAAUGCACGCAAAAUGUCAAAACAGUUAGCCACUGAUCAGAGGUCUGAUGGAUUUGUUUUAGUAACUAAAAAUAAACGAAAACCCAGAAAUUCUGUAAAACGUACUACAAAACCAGCCGACUUCCAACCAGAUCGUGACGAUAAAAGCCCAAUCGAUGUGGACCUUUUCUUAAGGUGCUUCAACGAGACGCAAUAUGAUUUGAAAAGUUCAGAAUAUUUAAAAAAUACGGUCGGAAAGGUGCUUCCUGUGCUCGGUACGGUAAAACUUGAAAGAAUCGUUUGUCUUGGACUAGGAAAAGUCACGGAGUGUCCGAUUUCGCGCCAUCAACUGGCAUUUAUUCGAUGCUUGCAGGAAAAACUAAGCUUUGACGGAACGAUAGAAUAUUUUGAUCCGGUUUUUUGCGAACAGACGAUUGUUAUUCUAGAAAAACUUGGAGGUGUGGUUUCGCGGGAGAAUUACGAAGGAAAAUAUUCGGCCGACGUGGCAACCUUGUUCUAUUUGCCGCACUGUCCGAAGCAAAUCAGUAACAAUCUACUCUGGAAGAACUGGAAUAGUCAAUUGUUGAAGAACGUGUUUCUGAUAGGAAAUAGUUUUGCAGGAAUUGUUGAAAACUGUCCAAAAAGAUUGCUGCAGAAAACCGGCCAUUUUAUUCUAGAAGUUGAGGAUUUCUGUCGGGAAAUUCCAUUCGACAACACCUUCAGGCACAAAGACAUUUUCAACGACACUUCUUUUCACUAUUUUGAUAACUCUGUUGCUCGAGAAAAGCCGACUAAAUUUUGGAAUUUAAUUGAAGAGCCUCAGUACACCGACGAAGAUCUUGAACUGAUCACAAGAAACAUCCAGAAAGGUCUUAUAAUAAGCGAUAAUGGCAACAACAAAGGCAACGAGCAGAACAUUGAAGAAGCUUCUCACCGAAUUGAAAGCCAUUAGCCCUGAAGAAAAUCGCAAGGGCUCGUUGGCUGCUAAAUAUAUAGUUUCGCAGUAUAAAAAGUUUGAAACGACCGAGCAGCAACAUUGCCGAGCCAAAGAAGAAAUGCAGUUCGCUGCACAAGCUUAUCUUUGCUAUCUACGCAGCGUCCGCCAGCACAAGGAACUAAGCGAAGCUUAUAGCGGCCGUGGU